CAAAAAUAAUAGAUACCCAAGACCCCACCUCAAGCAAUAACAUCAAAAGCAAACCAUUCAAAAGUCGUCGCCAUUCCCUUUCUCUCUGAGUUUCAUAUAGUCGUCGGCUUAAACGCCUUUGGGUCCCUCCGGGCUCCGGGGACCGGUAAACAAAAAGGUCUUCAACGCCGUUCCCUGAACCAGUUGAAGACCUUUUUAUUCUAGAUUUUCCAAUCAUUUAACCCAUGAUUUCAAUCUAAUUCUCAAAGCGUUUUGUGCGUAUAUAUAAUAUUCGAGUGAUAUAUGGGUUGCCGCAGCAGCAAGGCAGCUGAUGCUAGCACAAUUUCGCGAUGGCGUUCCACAGGCAUCGUUGCUUUACGCGACUCCAAAUUGAAGACAUUUCCUGAUGAAGUUUUUGACCUGGAAAGAUCUGUACGUACCCUCGACUUAACGCACAAUAAACUGGUUGAAAUUCCCAUGGAGAUCAACAAACUAACUAACUUACAACGUCUUAUUUUAGCUGAUAACGUUAUUGAGCGCCUUCCCAUGAAUUUGGGAUUGCUUCAGUCUUUGAAAGUGGCAACAUUUGAUGGGAAUCGGAUCACAAACUUGCCUGAUGAAUUGGGGCAGCUGGUGAAACUUGAGCGUCUGUCUGUUUCAUCGAACUUGUUGACGAGCUUGCCUGACACAAUCGGGAGCUUGCGUAGUUUGGUUUUGUUAAAUGUUUCAAACAACAAGUUAAAGUCUCUUCCGGAAUCAAUUGGAAGUUGCUUUUCUUUGGAAGAACUGCAAGCAAAUGAUAACUCUAUUGAAGAGCUUCCUGGUUCAACUUGCAAUCUCAUUCAACUAAAAUCACUCUGUUUGAACAAUAAUAAUCUCAAUCAGAUGCCUUUAAAUUUAUUAAAAGAAUGCAAGGGUCUGCAAAGCAUAGCCCUACAUGGCAACCCCAUUUCCAUGGACCAAUUUCAACAAAUGGAAGGAUUUCAAGAAUUUGAAACCAGGCGUAAAAAGAAGUUCGACAAACAAAUUGAUUCAAAUGUGAUAAUUAGUUCUAAAGGGCUUGACGAGGGUGUUGAUUUAUGAUACCAAUGUUGCCGUAUUUUUGUUAGGCUCUCCAUCUUAUUAAUCCUGUCUUUAUAUCUUUACUUCCUAUUUUGGUUUUAAAAAAAAAGGAAACUUCUCCAAUCCUAUACGGUUAGCCAUUAGCCACAUCUAUCUGUAAUUAAAAGCUAAAGAAAAAGGCCUCUCAUGAAGCCAAAUGGCAGAACAAUAAAAUGACACAUGGCAUGUUAAGACAUUGCUCCUAAUUUUGUGGAAGUAAAAUUCAAACCACUCAUGAGUAAACA